UACUUGUAUUUACUGUAUUGUCAUUUACAUUAUAAUACAAGUGUUUAGUGUUUAGUGAAUCAGCACUUAUUUCAACACUUAUUUCAAUACAUUUAUAAACCAUUAAUUGAAUUGACUUUUUGUGAAGACAUUAAACAAAUCAUCGAUUGUCCACUUAUUUUGAUUCAAUUGAUCAGCACUUGUGUUGGACAACAAUAUGAAGGACAAGACAACCAAAGAGGAGACAAAACUACCGACGGCUGACAAAGUGGUGGACAAAGAAAAAGCGAAAAACGCAAAGAAUGGAAUCGAAGACAAAGAAAUGGAUUUGACUGAAGAAGACAAACAACUUCAGGACGAACUGGAACUGUGUGUUCAACGACUCAAAGAAUCCGAUCAGACACUCUAUAAGCCGGCAUUGGAAGCGCUGCGACAACACAUUAAAAGUGCCACCACUUCUAUGACAUCGGUUCCCAAACCGUUGAAGUUUUUGCGACCGCACUAUCAAACACUCAAAGAUUUGUAUAAUGAAAUGCCAACUGAAGACACAAAACGAUUUAUGGCCGACAUUGUGUCCAUUCUGGCCAUGACUAUCCCACCAACCGAUUCGGUCAAUACUAGCGGCGAAGCACUUCAGUUUCGAUUGAUCGGUAGCCACGAAACGAUCGGCUCGUGGGGUCACGAAUAUGUCCGACAUUUGUCGGGUGAAAUUGCUAUCGAAUGGCAAUCGGAUAGCGUUACCGAUGAACGCAAGGCUAAGCUUUUAGAGUUAGUUCAAGACAUAGUACCGUAUAAUAUGUUACAUAACGCUGAAUCAGAAGCGGCCGAUCUUUUAAUGGAAAUCGAAAAACUAGAACUCCUUCAAGAAUAUAUUGAUAACGAAGAUUUGUGUCAAAAAGUAUGUCUAUAUUUGACAAGUUGUGUACCAUUUGUACCCGACCCGGAAAACACCUCUCUAUUGAAGACAGCGCUGACUAUAUUCUUGAAGUUUAAUAAAUAUAGUGAAGCCUUACGUCUGGCGAUGCAAUUGAAUGAUUUGAAACAAAUUGUCGCCAUUUUUAAACAAUGUCCCGAUCCGGUGCUUCAGAAACAAUUGUCAUUUAUGAUUGGCAGACAACAGCUCUUUUUAAUGGAUGAAAUUGAAGAUCAGGAUCUGAUCGAAAUUAUUUCAAACACUCAACUGAACACUCAUUUCUUGCAAUUGGGACGAGAAUUGGAUAUUCUUGAGCCAAAAACACCGGACGAUAUAUAUAAAACACAUUUGGAGAACACUACUCGGCCAACAUUCGGUGGYGGCGGUGGCCCGGACUCUGCCCGAGCCAACUUGGCCUCAUCGUUUGUAAACGGGUUCGUCAAUGCGGCCUUCGGUAAAGAUAAGAUUCUGUUGUGCGAAGACGGCAACAAAUGGCUUUACAAGAAUAAAGAUCACGGAAUGUUGAGCGCAACGGCCAGUUUGGGUCUUAUAUUGCUAUGGGAUGUGGACGGAGGUCUCGCACAGAUUGAUAAAUAUCUUUAUUCAGCUGAAGAUAACAUAAAGGCCGGCGCUUUGUUAGCCUGCGGUGUUGUCAACUGUGGUGUCCGUAACGAAUGCGAUCCGGCUCUCGCUCUUCUUGUCGAUUAUGUGACUAACAAUUCAAUGGCUCUAAGAAUUGGUGCAAUAAUUGGUUUAGGAUUAGCCUAUUCUGGAUCCAAUCGCAGUGAUGUUCUCUCUGUAUUAUUGCCUGUUCUCUCUGAUAGCAAAUCAUCGACUGAAGUGAUUGGAGUGACAGCGCUUUCAUGCGGUUUAAUUGCUGUCGGUUCGGGUAAUGCAGACGUCACUCAAAACAUAAUGCAAGUGUUUAUUGAAAAACCCGAUUUGGAUGUAAAGGACAACUUCGUGAGGUUUCUUCCGCUGGCAUUAGGUUUGUGCUAUUUAGGCAAACAGGAAAGUUCUGACGCCAUUGAAGCCGCGCUCGAGAUUAUUCAAAAUCCAUCGCUUAAGGCAUUGUCUAAAGCAUUGGUCGAUGUCUGCGCCUAUGCGGCCACCGGUAAUGUACUGAAAAUACAGAGUUUGCUUCACAUUUGUUCUGAAAAAACCGAAAAAGAAGCUGAAGAACAAGGAAAUGAUAAAAACAAGAAAAAAGACGACAAAAACAAAAGUGAAACAACAACUGACAUGUCGUGGCAACAAUCGGUUGCAACCAUUGGUAUCGGUUUAAUAGCGAUGGCAGAAGAUGUCAGCUGCGAAAUGGCGUUCAGAACUUUUGGUCAUUUGUUACGUUACGGCGAACCUAUGAUUAAAAGAGCUGUUCCGUUGGCAUUAGCUCUGACUUCUAUAUCAAAUCCAAAACUUAAUAUUUUGGAGACACUCAGCAAAUUCAGUCACGACUCGGACACAGAAGUGGCCUGCAAUGCUAUCUUUGCUAUGGGUUUAGUGGGUGCCGGUACUAAUAAUGCCCGAUUGGCCACAAUGUUGAGACAGUUGGCUCAAUAUCACGCCAAAGAACAAAACUGUCUGUUUAUGGUUAGGAUUGCACAGGGAUUGACACAUCUGGGAAAGGGUACACUCACUCUAUCGCCAUUCAAUUCUGACCGACACCUUCUUAUGCCGACCGCAUUGGCCGGACUUUUGGCCACAAUUAUAAGCCUAUUAGAUGUCAAGUCGACUAUUGUUAAGUCACAUUAUUUACUUUAUUAUUUGGUGACCGCAAUACAGCCGCGUAUGUUAAUCACAUUGGAUGAGGAGCUGAAUCCACUACCAGUUCCCGUCAGAGUAGGACAGGCCGUCGAUGUUGUUGGACAGGCAGGAAAACCUAAAACAAUAACCGGUUUCCAGACACAUACGACACCCGUAUUGUUAGCAUUGGGUGAAAGAGCAGAACUGGCCACUGAUGAGUACAUACCAUUGACUCCAGUGCUCGAAGGGUUCGUCUUAUUAAAGAAAAAUCCAGAUUUCAAUAAAUAGUUGAUUAAAGCUCUGUAUAUAAAUUAUUUGCCACUCAAUUGUCAUUUAUUUUCUAAUUUAAUUUUACUAAAAUAUUAAUAAAAUAAAAUUACUUUUAAAUAAUCAA